AGGCAGUGAAGCCUCCAUCCCCUCCCACGCUCCCUCCCCAGCCCUGACCCUGUCCGGCGCAGGGGCGGUGGGACCUCAGCGUUCAUCUGGAGUUUCCCAACAAGCCCCAUGAAUCCGUAUGUCAACUGCUCCAGUUCUGAGUUCCCCCUGCCCCAGCAAGACUUCCCUGUGGAGCCCAUCAGCCCUGAUCUCAGCAACAGGACUCACCCAGAGACCUUGUUCGACCCCAAAGAUGCCAACCUGACAGAGGAGCAGCUGCGGGAUAAGUACCUGGGACCUCGACGGUCCAACUUCUUUGUCCCAGUCUGUGUCAUUUACCUGCUGAUCUUCCUGGUGGGGGCUGUGGGCAACACGCUCACCUGCAUCGUCAUCCUCCGGCACCGGUUCAUGAGGACACCCACCAACUACUACCUGUUCAGCCUGGCGGUGUCUGACCUGCUGGUGCUGCUGCUGGGGAUGCCCCUGGAGCUGUACGACAUGUGGAGCAAUUACCCCUUCCUGCUGGGGGCCAGCGGCUGCUAUUUCAAGACGCUUCUCUUCGAGGCCGUCUGCUUCGCCUCCAUCCUCAACGUCACAGCCCUGAGCGUGGAGCGCUACAUCGCUGUGGUGCACCCGCUCAAAGCCAAGUACGUGGUGACCAGGAACCACGCCAAGAGGGUCAUUGUCACCAUCUGGGUCAUUUCGGUCGUCUGCUCCAUCCCCAAUACCAGUGUCCAUGGGCUGCAGCCUCUCUACGUGCCGGGACGGGGGCGGGUGCCCGAUUCAGAGAUCUGCACCCUGGUGAAACCACGCUUCACCUACAAUCUCAUCAUCCAGGUCACCACCAUCGUCUUCUUCUUCCUGCCCAUGGGCACCAUCAGUGUCCUCUACCUCCUUAUUGGCCUGCAGCUCAAGAAGGAAAAGAUGCUGGAAGCCUUGGGAGCCAAGACCGGCAGCAGCCGCAGCUGCCGCAACACCCAGAGGCAGAAGAAAGUGAAGAGGAGGCAGGUCACAAAGAUGCUGUUCGUGCUGGUGGUGGUGUUUGGGAUCUGCUGGGCCCCCUUCCACACCGACCGCCUCGUCUGGAGUUUUGUCUCCACCUGGACCAGCAGCAUGCUCCACAUGUUCCAGUACGUCCACAUCAUCUCAGGCGUCUUCUUCUACCUGAGCUCGGCUGCCAACCCCGUCCUCUACAACCUGAUGUCCACGCGUUUCCGGGAGAUGUUCAAGGAGGUGAUGUGCCGGCCCGGCCAGCACCCGCCGUGGGCGCGGAGGUACUCGCCCAGCGUCACCCGCACCACCACGCGCAGCACCGAGUGCGAGGCCGUGCCCAGCGCCAACGGCCUGCCCCUCUCUGACGAGGAGUACGAGCUGGAGGACGUGGAGAGGGGCCAGGCCACCCCCCACGUGAUGUCCCUGUGCUGA